AUGACAACGUCACAAUCCAGAUCCGACAAAAAUAAAGCAUACACAUCGAUUGCCCAGAAACAAUCGCUAAUAACAUCAUUUUUUGCAAAACCAAAAUCAGUAGCCGUUAAUAGUGAUAAUACUAAUAAAUCAAAUGCCAAAGAUAUAAGUGACAAUUCAGUCACAAAAAACGUGACCAACCAAUCAAUCGCAACUGCUGAGAUUGUUUUAAGUACCAAUUUAGAUUCCAGCGAAGUAAUUAAAUCAGUAGUCCAAAAUGAAGAACAUAGAUCUCCUUUGGAUGAUAAUUCGGAUAUAUAUGCGAACAUAGAUUCAGAUGACCGAAUUAAUAAAUUAUUAACUACAAAUACUACAGAUAGAUCUAUAUUUCCUAACACUGUGAAACGGAGGAUAAUCGAUGAUAGUGACGAUUUUAACGUCAUAAUCAACGACAACUUAUCCAAAAAAACUGUUACAGAUAGGUAUUGUACUACAGAUUGUAUAAUUGAGAACAAUUUCUGGGAUUCUGACCAAUCUGAUAUUGAACUUGAUAAAAAUUCACUGAUUGAUACAACAGCUGACAAUAAUAUUGUUGUAUACGAUCUUGACAAGUUUAUAUACUCAAAUUCUACCUCCACUGAUACAAGUAAAGCUAACACAAUUGAAAGUAGUAUAUAUUCAAGUGAAUCUAUGAGCACCCGCAAAUCAAUUAAUGACGAUUUAGAGGAUUAUAACAGGGAAAAUGAUGAAAAAAAAUAUUACUUGGCUUGUAAUGCCAGCAAAAUUUGCAAAAUGUUUCGAGAAUACAUCGAAAAUUAUUACCUUUAUUGCAAAACUUUCGUGUUUCCUCCCUGGAUCCAGCCACAGUUUAUCAAAGAUUCAUCCGGCCGCAGGCCAGAUUGCACGUCUUAUAACCCAUCAACAAUGCUUAUUCCACCUCCAACUCACAAAUGGAUUAAUGAAUACCGAAAUGUGCAUUACACUCCCACAAUGAAGCAAUACUGGUCAAUAAAGGCUACCCAUUUUGACAAACUUGUUUUGUUCAAAAUGGGCAGAUUCUAUGAAAUUUUUUAUAUAGACGCAUGUAUAGCACAUAAAUUAUGCGAUUUAAGGUGGAUGGGCAAAGAAUCUAAACCUCAUAUUGGAUUUCCAGAACAAAGUUUGCAAUUUUAUGCGUCAAAAAUGGUAGCUUCAGGGUAUAAAGUGGUUGUUGUAGAACAGAUGGAGACACCAAAAGAAAUGCUGGAAAAGAAAAAGGGGAUGAAGUGGUCUGAAAAGGUGAUAUCAAGGGAUGUAUGCCAAAUUUUAUCGAAAGGCACUUUACUGCAUUCCGCGAUGUUACCAUCGGAGUCACAACCAUUACUAUCAAUUGCUUUUAAAUCAUCAAAGCCCAUGUUUUUGGGUGAUCAAGAAUACUGUAAUUUUGGUCUAUGUUUGGUGGACGUUAGCACCAAUAGCAUUAACUUAUCAUUCUGUAUGGAUGACGAAUCAAGGCUAAAUCUUAGGACUACGUUGGCCCAUGCCAACCCAGCUGAAAUACUGUACAUUCCAAGCAAUGUAAACAGGAAUGUUGUUGAAAUUUUCAAGCGUUUACCCCUCAAACCUCAGUUAUCGCUUUACGAAAUCACAGAAGAUGAUACUGAUAUGGAAGGUAUUAUAGAAGACAAUAUUUCUAGUGCCUUAAAUUCCAUAAAUAGUGAUGGCACUGGAAUAUCUGAGGCGGAUAAAUCUCUAAUAUUAAGAUCUAUAAUACUAGCAUCAAAAUACUUGGCAGAUAUGCAAUUGGGGAACGUGAUAAAAUAUUCAAAUGUAUCUAUGCCAGAUCAAUAUGCUACCAAUCGGUUAAAAUUGAAUACUUGUGUUUACGAUCAUUUAGAAAUGUUUACCACGACUCUUGGCGAAAAAAAGAAUUCAUUCUUCCAGUUCAUUGAUAAAACAUCAACCGCAUUUGGAUCCCGUUUGUUGCGGCGUUGGGUAUCUUCACCCUCCACUGAUUUGGCAGUUAUAAAUUCUAGACUCGACAGCGUUGAGUGGCUAAUGGAGAACCCCCAGAUAAAUAAUGAAAUUAGGACACUUUUAUGCAGCUGUAUUGAUGUAGAGCGACAAAUGGGGGCCAUCAGCAACAAUAACACGACAAAACGCGCAAUCCAAUUUGACCAUGUACAGUCAAAUCGUUUACUAUCGUUCCACAAGUUACUAAAGGGCUUUGAACCAUUUGAGUCGCUGAGAUGUCUGAUAAACGAUAAAAAUUCCAACUAUUUAGCAACAUUAGUGACACUGGAGAAUGAGGGAGGGGCUUAUCCGGAUUUAAAGCCAUAUAUUGCGCAUUUUAUGGACAAGCUUAAAAUUGUUGAUAAACAAUGUUAUCCCCAGAGAGGGUUUCACGAAAAAUCUGACAAGGUUUUUGAAAGAAUUGACCUAAUUAUCCAGCAAUUACACAACGAAUUGUGCAAUUUAUCUAAUUCUUUAAAAACUGAAUUAAAAUUCGUACAUUCUAAGUUCAAAUACGAGGUGGAGUGUCCAGAAGCCUUGCAUAAGAAAUUAUCAACAAAAUACGAAAUUACUUCAUCUAGAAAGGGUUUUAUUCGCUUCAGAACCCCACGUAUACUUGCCUUUACCAAUGAAUUGGAGGACAUGGAAUUUGAACGCUGGGAGUGUUUAAACGACUAUUUUAAAUUAUUAAUAGAAGAGUUCACAACCUUCGCUCCUCAUUUCUCCAAGGCCAUCCAAAUUGUAGCGGAGAUCGACUGUUUAAGUACAUUUGCAUAUCAUGUUCUGUGCAAUAAUUACCUUAUGUGCAAACCUAGAUUAUAUCCUAUGGAGGGGAAGCCUUUUUUGCACCUAGAAGAUUCAAAACACCCAAUCAUUGGAUUUAUAGAACCAGAAUUCAUUCCCAAUAGUGUAUGCAUGAAUUGUCAUGAUGAAUCUAACAUUUGCCUAUUACUAACUGGACCUAAUAUGGGCGGUAAAUCGACACUGCUACGGCAAAUCUGUCUAAUCACAAUCAUGGCCCAAAUAGGCUCUUUUGUGCCAGCUAAAAUAUGCGAGAUGACUCUUGUUGACAAGAUUUUUACAAGAUUAGGUGCCUCGGACUCUAUUAUGGAUGGUAAAAGCACCUUUUAUGUGGAACUGGAGGAGACUUCCUUGAUGAUGGAACAAGCUUCACCUUAUUCAUUAGCUAUGAUUGAUGAACUGGGAAGGGGGACUUCUACUUUUGAUGGAAUGGCAAUUGCAUCUUCAUCCCUAAUAUACAUAGCAAACAAGUUAGCGUGUCGUUGUAUCUUCUCCACCCAUUACCAUCUAAUUUGCAAUGAAGCAAAGCUAGUUGAUUCCAUAAGUUUAUAUCACAUGGCAUCAUCUAUUAUGAGUGGAGAUGUGAAAUUCCUGUUUAAGUUCACCAAGGGGCAAUGUUUGAAAUCUCAAGGGUUACACAUAGCUAAAUUGGCAGGUAUACCAGAAUGUGUUCUUAGUGUGGCACAGAAUAUUGCAGAAUCGAUGGAAAUCAAAGUUAACCGUGAGUGCAGUGGCAACCAGUUGCUAUCUGAGUGCUUGCAUUUAUUUACUAAAGGAGAUUUAUGCAGUUUGGAGGAUUUGUACAACAAACAUCGCAAAUGA